AUGGACAUUUUCAAGCGACUGCAGAUUAACAUUCCUUUUGUGGAAGCUAUGGAGCAGAUGCCGACAUAUGCAAAAUUCAUGAAAGAGCUCCUAACAAAAAAGAGAAGAUUUUCUGAAGAGAUAGUGGAACUUGAAGCAGGGUGUAGUGUUAUAAUUCAGAAAUCAUUACCUCAGAAAUCCAAGGACCCUGGGAGCUUCACUAUUCCAGUUACAAUCGGGACAUUACUAGUGGCAAAAGCAUUGCUUGAUCUGGGUGCCAAUAUAAAUUUGAUGCCUUUGUCUAUGCUAAGGAGAAUAGGAGAUCUGGAAGUAAGGCCUACACGGAUGACAUUACAGCUAGCUAAUAGAUCCAUGAAGUAUCCCUAUGGUGUGGCAGAGGAUGUCUUAGUUAAGGUUGACAAAUUCAUGUUCCCAGUUGAUUUUGUAGUAAUGGAUAUUGAGGAAGACACUGAAGUUCCUCUAAUAUUGGGAAGACCUUUCAUGAAGAUGGCCAAGGUCAUUAUUGACGUUGAUGAUGGAAAAUUGAAGGUCAGGGUGCAAGAUGAUGAAGUCAACUUUAAUGUAUUUGAAGCAAUGCAGCACUCGAAGGACAAGCAACAAUGCUUCAGGAUGGAUGUGAUAGAUGAAAUUUUUCUGUCAUCCAAGAAGCAAUUGACAAAGGCAAGCCCAUUAGAAAAAGCUUUGAUUGGUGCUUGUGGUGAUCUGGAGGAAGAUGAAGAAAAGAAAGUUGAUGAAUACCUAACACAUCUGAAUUCAGCAAAAGAAAUUGCAUCAAAUGAUAUACAACUUGAGAAAUUGCAGCAAGAAAAUAGAACUGAAAGUCAGAAGCUGGAGCUAAAGGUAUUACCUCCUCAUUUAAAAUAUGUUUUUCUUGCAUAUGGAGGUAACAAACCAGUGGUGAUCAGUAGUGCUUUAACGGCUUCUGAAGAGGAAAAGCUGAUUUCAGUUCUUAAGGCCAAUGAGGGUGCAAUAGGUUGA